AUGCCGACGAUAACAGAAAGGUCAAAGAAGUGCGUGAGGUGGUCUACUAUCACCGUGCACGAGUUCGGCGUGGGGCUCGGUGGCAGUGCCGUAUCGAACAAGGGCGGCCCUUCCAUCGGUCUCGCGGAUCCGCCCGAGUUUACGUGGACAACACGGGUAGGUGAGAUGGCUGAGCGCGUCGAGGGUGUGCAUCGUUUCUCGCCUAGCCAGCGCAUCCGCCUACUGCAGGCCGCCGGCAUUCCGGAUGGCAUCAUCACGCGUCACGCCCGAGAGACCAACAUCAUUUUGGGUUCGCGUCGCCGGUCGAAGACAAGCUGGGAAGACAGUGACGUGGACGAAGCUGAGGAGGAGGAGGAACAGCUCAAGGAAAUGCCCCGCAAGCGCAGCGCUGAUCAGGCUACACUAGACCAUCCAUGUGCUGUCUAUUUGCGGAGACCUCGCAUGAUCCCGGUCAACUACGUGUAG